AAUAGCUAGUAAGCUCACUUACGAAGUGCGUCUAUGAAUUGCUUGUAUACUUUGUGUUGACUCGUGAAAAGACCAUUUUCAGCGGAAUCUAGAUUUUAAAGAACACGUUGAAGAACUCUCGUUUAACAUAAAUAUGGCCACUUUAUCUCUGAAGAAAUGUACUUCGCUGAUCCGUACAUUGGUGGUUUUACUUGUUGUUGGUAUUUUGACAAUUAUCUAUCUUAAAAAAAGCACAUUCGUGUCAAAAUCUUCUCCUAUAUCUGAAACAACGUCUACUCACAAAUCUGAAACAAAGUCUCCUUUCAAACCUGAAACAACGUCCACCGCUGCAUUAAAUGCAACAUUUGCUCGCUUAAGAUCUGACAAAAUUGUUCUUUUGUAUUGGGGAAAGUUUUUUGAUAGUGCACCGACAGCAUUCGUUGGAGUGUGGCCAAAGGGUGAUAAGAAAGGCAAAUGUCCUGUUUCCUGUGAGGUUACAGCUGACCAUCAGCGAGCUAAAGAGGCAAAUGCAAUGAUUGUGCAUUCAAGAGAUCCAUUUCCUCUACCUCCAUUUAAACAUGUCCCCUGGAUCCUAACCGGUCUUGAAAAUCCUGUUUAUACUCCUGUGCUCUCUAACAGCAGCUAUAUGUCACAGUUUCAUUUGCUUAGAAGCUAUCGACUAGAUUCUGAUUUUCCAACACCCCUUUUUGAAAAGCCUAAUUUAAAUCCACCUGUUCCGUUUGAGAAUAAAACGGAUAGAAUAAUGGCUUGUUUUUCCAACUGCGAACCUGUGAGGACGGCGUAUUUAAGACAUCUCAUGAAACAUGUUCAUGUAGAUUCCUAUGGCGGAUGUUUACACAACAAUGAUGGUCUUAUAGCGCGCUAUGGACAUGACUUUAAAAAUGUAAAACAAAAUCUAGAAAGAUCAUACAAGUUUGUUAUUGUUUUCUUCAACCAAGAUUGUGAUUACUUUGUUGAUGAACAAAUUCAACAUGCACUUAACGCAGGCGCAGUACCCGUAGUAAUGAGCACUGAUAAAAUUUAUGAAUUUUUGCCAGGAAAUCUUAAAAAUGCCAUCAUUAAUGUGAGAGAUUUUAAGUCUCCGAAAGAAUUGGCGGAGCGACUUAAGUUUCUAAUGAAAAACAAGAUCAAAUAUAAUAAAUAUCUGGAAUGGAAAGUAAAAGGCUUAGGCCAUAUUACUGACACUGUGAUAGGUAGAUAUUGGGAAAGUAAAUUUAGACAAUGGUGUUAUGUAUGUUUGGCAGUAUCGAAGGGAAAAUGGCACAAAGAAGGUCUUAAACCUGAAUUUUCUAAACGAAGAGAAUAUAAAGACUGGGGUAUUCGGAAUCUAGAUUUUAAAGAACACGUUGAAGAACUCUCGUUUAACAUAAAUAUGGCCACUUUAUCUCUGAAGAAAUGUACUUCGCUGAUUCGUACAUUAGUGGUUUUACUUGUUGUUGGUAUUUUGACAAUUAUCUAUCUUAAAAAAAGCACGUUCGUGUCAAAAUCUUCUCCUAUAUCUGAAACAACAUCUACUCACAAAUCUGUAACAACGUCUACUUUUAAAUCUGAAACAACGUCCAUCCCUGCAUUAAAUGCAACAUUUGCUCGCUUAAGAUCUGACAAAAUUGUUCUUUUGUAUUGGGGAAAGUUUUUUGGUAGUCCACCGACAGUAUUCGUUGGAGUGUGGCCAAAGGGUGAUAAGAAAGGCAAAUGUCCUGUUUCCUGUGAGGUCACAGCUGACCAUGAGCGAGCUAAAGAGGCAAAUGCAAUGAUUAUGAAUUCAAGAGAUCCAUAUCCUCUACCUCCAUUCAAAGAUGUCCCCUGGAUCCUAACAGGUGUUGAAAAUCCUGUUUAUACUCCUGCUCUUUCUGACGGCAACUAUAUGUCACAGUUUCAUUUGCAUAGAAGCUAUCGACUAGAUUCUGAUUUUCCAACUCCUCUUUUUAAAAAGCCCAAUUUAAAUCCACCUAUUCCGUUUGAGAAUAAAACGGAUAGAAUAAUGGCUUGUUUUUCCAACUGCGAACCUGUGAGGACAGCGUAUUUAAGACAUCUCAUGAAACAUGUUCAUGUAGAUUCCUAUGGCGGAUGUUUACACAACAAAGAUGGUCUUAUAGCGCGCUAUGGGCAUGACUAUAGAAAAGUAAAACAAAAUCUAGAAAGAUCAUACAAGUUUGUUAUUGUCUUCUUCAACCAAGAUUGUGAUUAUUUUGUUGAUGAACAAAUUCAACAUGCAUUUGACGCCGGAACAGUACCCGUAGUAAUGAGCACAGUUAAAAUUUAUGAAUUUUUGCCAGGAAAUCUUAAAAACGCCAUCAUUAAUGUCAGAGAUUUUAAGUCUCCGAAAGAAUUGGCGGAGCGACUUAAGUUUCUAAUGAAAAACAAGAUCGAAUAUAAUAAAUAUCUGGAAUGGAAAGUAAAAGGUUUAGGCCAUAUUACUGACACUGUGAUUGGAAAAUAUUGGGAAAGUAAAUUUACUCAUUGGUGCGAUAUGUGUGUAGCAAUAUCGAAAGGAAAAUGGCACAAAGAAGGUCUUAAACCUGAAUUUUGUAAACGAAGAGAAUAUAAAGACUGGGGUAUUACACCUUAAUCUCCAUAGUAGACAUUACAGACUGGUGGAAAAAACUGGAAAAAAUUUAACAGAGAACAUGCUAGAACAAAAUAUUUAACAAAAACAUAAAUAAACUAUGUUGCUUUCCAGUGAAAUAUUCUUUCAAAGAAAUCAAAUUUGAUACACAAAAUAAUACAUGAGAUGCUGAAGACCAGAUUUCUAAAUUUGGCGGAGAUAGUUUUCAGGGUCGUCAUAACAGUUGAAAUGUCAAGACCCAUAAAGGAGCAGUUUGUAUGGGGCACUUUCUGUGUUUUUGUUAUUUAGCUGUUUAACACUGUAAUUUUCCAUGAUUUAUUAAAUAACCAGAAAUUGGCA